GUUAAUGUUGGAUUUUCCAACACUUUCGCGACAUGACGUUUGUCGUCCUAAUUGUAAUCAAGCUGUAUGUACACAAAGAGCUAUUCACACCCCACACAGCAGAAUUUGAAUUCAGUUGAGAUUUUACUCUCCAAGAGUGUGUUCGGUCUUUAUCGAAGUGUAUCAAAAGCGUUAAAUAUUAAACAAGUUUAAAAGAAGUUGAACAUUUUAUAAGUACAUUUAUUUUUCUUUAAAGGCUGCGUGAAAUGUGUAACCUAAGGAAAGCAACUUCUGCCUUGCAUAAACUGUUUGUUUAUGGAGGUCUAAAGUAUGGCCAACCUAGCCAUUCCAUUUUGGCCAAUGAUGGAAACGGUUUUGCCAAGUUUUGGUGUCGUGCAACUACCACCGAAAAAUUACCAUUAGUGAUAGCAACUCGCUACAAUAUUCCUUUCUUGCUGAACAAGCCUGGUCUGGGCUAUUACGUUACUGGCGAAAUUUAUGAAGUGGACGACAAGAUGCUUAAAAGUUUGGACAACUUGGAAGAUUGUGAAGAUAUUUAUGUAAGAGAAAUGCGUGAUAUGAAUAUAGGAGUUGGAGAAGGCACCGUUCCAUGCUGGGUAUAUUUGCUCCAAAAAUAUCCUGAAAAACUCUUGAGUCUACCAUUUUUAUCCAGUUAUGAAAACAGCCCUGCCCAUCCUUAUGUAAUGCGUAACAAGCGUCAUCACAAGCAUCCUCCUAAUGAGGACCUUUCAUACACUGCCUCUAGCGCUUAAACUUUUAUGGCUACUUGUGAUAUGAUCGACAAUACAGACACAAUAUCACGUGUAUAAUAGAAUUUUGAUUUUGUAAUGUCAUACAUUUUUUAGAAAAUUUUACAAUCAAUUAUCAGGCCUAUUCUGAAUAACAAACUCCCGGGGAAUUUGUUCCCUCUCCAAUACAUAAAGCAUGCAAAAAAAAAUAAAAUCCCAGGAAAAUAUUGUUCAUAAUUGGCCUGUAUACUUUAUUCUCCAAGUAUACAUUUUUUACAUAUACAUAUGUAUAUAUGUACGUACGUAUAUAUAUUUUAAUGGCUCAUAGCAUUUCUGUGCGUUCAAAGCCUUAUUUUAAAUUCAAUCAAACCUUUUUCUUAGAGAAUUUUGUCAAUGAGCAAUGAGCAAAAUCAUGUAAUAAAUGAAAUUUAUGAUCGGUAAUGCAAAAACCUGCUGAGAAUGUAUGAUAUUCCAAAAUGAAAAUAAACUCAUAGUAAAAAAUAUAUUUAUACAUGAAUGUAUGCACAAAUCUACAUAGUUUAAUAGUUUUUAAAUAUAGUAUUUUAAGUAUAAUUUACAUGUAUUUUUUAAAUUUUGUGCGAUAAAUAAAGCGCAAUGUAUUUUUAUAUGCA